UGAGAGCUCACGAGAUGCUUCCUGUUUCCCUGCACGGAUCUAAUGCUUUGCUCUCCUGGAAAUUAGGACUUUGUUUUGUUGCAAAUAGUUGCAAUUUAGUAGUACAUUGGUAACAACAUGCAUAUUAAAUGUGUACGCGUUCUUCCUUUCCUUGUGCUGCUGUCAACUUCACUUCUUUACCUCGGCGAUUGUGAAUUCCACACUUUGUCGCGCAUCAAACCGCAAGUCUCAGACAAAACGCAGGCGAAAGCUGUGGUUGAACUUUUGAAACGUAUCCUCGGUGGCAGAGCGAGAGAUUUCAUUGUCUCAGUCAACAAAACGUUUUCCAAUGACACUCUGGAUGUUUGUGAAUUGCGAUCAACGAAAAGCAACAAGAUCGUGGCAAUAGGAAACACGGGGGUCGCAGUGACCUCGGGGAUCUACAACUAUCUUAAGUAUUUCUGUAAUUGUCACGUUUCGUGGUCGGGUAAUCAGCUGAAUCUACCCCGUCCCCUGCCCGCUCUUUCUGGCGUUCUUCGUAUCAGCAGCCAACACAGAUUUAGGUACUAUCAGAAUGUGUGCACCCAGAGUUACUCCAACGUGUGGUGGGACUGGCCACGAUGGGAGAAGGAGAUCGACUGGAUGGCACUCAAUGGAUACAACAUGCCUUUGGCAUACACAGGGCAGGAGGCUCUGUGGCAAGAGGUGUACUUGUCCCUGGGCUUGAACCAGUCUGAGAUUGAUGCCUUUUUCACCGGUCCCGCGUUCCUGGCCUGGAAUCGCAUGGGCAACCUGUUCAAGUUUGGGGGCCCGCUGCCCCAGUCCUGGCACGUCAAGCAGCUUCACCUGCAGUUUCAGAUUUUGGACCGCAUGAGAUCUCUGGGAAUGAUUCCUGUGUUGCCAGCCUUUUCAGGAAUCGUACCCCCAGGAAUCUUCAGAAUAUUUCCGACCGCAAAUGUGACCAAGCUGAAUCCGUGGAGCCACUUCAACUGCACCUACUCCUGUGCGUACCUGCUGGACCCGCGGGACCCUCUCUUCCAGCGCAUCGGCGGCCUCUUCAUGUCUCAGAUGGUGGAGCAGUUUGGCACCGACCACAUCUACGGGGCUGACACCUUUAACGAGAUGACGCCUUCGUCCUCAGACCCUGCCUACCUGUCCGCCGUCAGUCGAGCAGUCUUUGACACCAUGACCUCAGUGGACCCGCAUGCGAUCUGGCUGAUGCAGGGCUGGCUCUUUGUGUCCGACGAGUUCUGGAAGCCGGCCCAGAUCAAGGCCCUGCUGCGCGGCGUCCCGCUGGGCCGGAUGAUCGUGCUGGACCUCUUCGCCGAGUCCAUGCCAGCCUUCGCCUUCACCGAGUCCUUCUACGGCCAGCCCUUCAUCUGGUGCAUGCUGCACAACUUUGGCGGGAACAGCGGCAUGUUUGGCACGGUGGAGCGGGUCAACGUGGGGCCGUUCGAGGCGCUGCGCUUCCCCAACUCCUCGCUGGUGGGGCUGGGCAUCACGCCCGAGGGCAUCGAGCAGAACCCCGUGGUCUACGAGCUGAUGAGCGAGAUCGCCUGGAGGAAGGAGCCCGUCAACCUGGCCAAGUGGGUGUCGCUGUACGCUGCGCGGCGCUACGGCAGCCUAGACGAGAACCUGGGCGUCGCCUGGCAGCUGCUGUUCCGCAGCGUGUACAACUGCACCGCGAAGGGGUACAAGAACCACAACCACAGCCCGCUGGUGCACCGGCCGUCCAUGCACAUGAAGGUGGACAUAUGGUACGAGCCGGCGCACCUCUACGAAGCAUGGCGUCGGCUCUUCAACGCGGCCUCGGCAGCGCCGGGACUGAUGGCCAUGGAGACUUUCCGCUACGACCUGGUGGACAUCACGCGACAGGCCCUGCAGAGGCUCACCACGGUCUUCUACCAGGAGAUCGUCCACGCCUUCCAGACGCAGAAGCUUCCGGAGCUCCUGACCUCGGGCGGCGUCCUCGUCUACGACCUGCUGCCGGAACUCGACCGACUCCUCUCCAGCGACGCCCACUUCCUGUUAGGGUUGUGGCUUGAGAGCGCGCGCUCCAUGGGUCUGAACGAGAGAGAGGCCGCGCUGUACGACUUCAAUGCCAGAAACCAGAUCACGCUGUGGGGGCCGAAGGGGAACAUCCUGGACUAUGCCAACAAGCAGUGGGGCGGGCUCGUCGAGGACUAUUACACCCACAGGUGGGGGCUGUUCGUCAACACCCUGGUGGAGUGUCUGGAUAGAGGCCGGCCGUUCAAACAAGACACUUUCAACCUGGAGGUGUUUCAGGUGGAGAAAGGGUUUCUUUAUAAUGAACGGAAAUAUCCCACCGAACCUGUCGGUGAUACGUACGAGAUUGCGAGAAGGAUUUUCCUGAAGUACUACCCUCAAGCAAUGAAGAGGUUGACGUGAAAUCAGCCAAUGAAUUUUGGUUUCUUUCUUCAGUACCUAAUUGUACCUCCAAUAGCCAUGACCUCUUCGAGAGUAAACUCAGUGUAUGGAUUUUUCUGCAACAAAUUGUUUUUAUGAACACUUUGGAAGGCUCAUUCUCUAUCCCUAAACAGGGCAACGCUUGGACUUUCAGUGCUCUCUACAGAGAGCAUGAAUGGAGAAAAAUGCUGACAUUUCUAGACUGAUGGGGAUGUUUUGUUUUUUACACCAGUGUCUGUUACACAUCUUUUUUAUGCUGUAAAACUGACAAUUGUUCACUACUUCACAGGCCUUUUUGUACAUGUUAAAUACUUAAUUGUAUGUCUUUUUUAACUGCAUCUGUCCUCUUUCCUACAAGAUUGUCAAGUGAAGUAGAUAUGUAAGGUAUAGCUUCUUUGAGAUCAUGAAUUAUCGGAAAUAGACGAGUAGAUCCUCUACCUGAGACAGUGAGCUGCAACUGGCCAGGUUACUAGACACCAGAUUAGAUCGCAACAACUUUUUCAUUCAGGGUGAUGUUGAGUGUUUUCUUUUAUACCAUAGUAUUUUUUAAAGAUGUUCUGUAAAACUGAAAAUUGAUAUUUAAAACAGGCACAAGCAUUAAAUAUCACUAUUGUGAGAUGUUUUUUUAAAAGAUAAAUCCAGGCAUACCCUUGGAGUACACUGACAAUCCUAGGCCUAACACCAGUGAUGCAGGAACCUAUUGCACAAUACUGAGCUGGAAACAGACACUUGAUGUACUUGCACUAGUUGGAAGGUUUUUGUCUAAUAAUGCUGUAUGUUUUGUUAUCAAGCUGGGAACUAGACAUACAACCUUUUUUGUAUAACUUUAUUACUUAACAUUGGUUCAUGGUUUACAAAUGUUGUGUGGGUCAUUAUAUUGUGUGUGUGUGUGUGUGUGCG